AUGCUAUCACCUAGGAUUCCUGUGAUAUAUGGCGCCGCCGCUAUCGGUGCUCCUGGCACAUUUUGUGCUCUGACCAACACAGAACAAGCUCAGAGGGUCGUUGACGCACUCUUCGACCCUGGAGUUGAGCCUCAGCCUGAGCUACGCCAGAAAAUCAUCAGUUUAAACGACGCAGACGAUGGACACGGCGAUUCGUCUGGACUUGUUCGAGAGCCUGUCUCCCUCUACGCGAUAGACACUUCAAACGUUCACACCGAAAACUCAUGCUUCUCCUUCCAGAUCCUCGCCCAAAUGGACCUUCAUGGGUGUGUAAUCGACACAAAGUUCUAUCCUCUUGUCCCAGGCGACCACGCGCGUGUCAAACUGCGCGAGGCAUUCGACCGAAUGCUGGCUUCUCUAGGGGAUAAACGUGUUCGGGUGCUCUAUCUCAAUGCGCCAGACCAUGCAACACCAUUCUCAGAGACCUUUGCGGCGAUGGACGAGCUACACAAAGAGGGAAAAUUUGAAAUGCUCGGCUUGAGCAACUACCGCACACAUGAGGUUGGCGAGAUCGUCACACUCUGUCGUGCAAACGGCUGGGUGGUCCCCGCGGUUUAUCAGGGCCUGUAUAAUGCCAUAGAUCGAAUGGUGGAAUCUGAGUUACUCCCAUGUCUACGCCAGUUUGGCAUCAAAUUCGCAGCGUAUGGCCCUCUGGCCGGCGGGUAUCUGGUUGGAGACCUUCUCUUCGAGCCUGAACCCAGCAGGGUGAGGCUACACCUCGAUCUUCCCCCCUCUGCUGCUAUCGUCGAUCACCUACUCCCAUCAGUCAAUGAUCUCCGACAGAGCCUGCGUGGUAGUGGACGACAUUUCGACUCGCGUAACCCAUUCAGUGCUUGGUACCAGUCACGAUACUUGAACUCCCGCAUAAACAAUGCCGUCUUUAGGCUUUGCGCCGUCUUAAAGCUCUACGGUCUUUCGCUUCAUGAGGCAUCUUUGCGCUGGCUGCAGCACCACAGCGCGCUCGUCCCGAGUGAUCUCGGUAUGAUAUUCGGCGGGCGGACGCCGGACCAGGUCAAGCAGACGCUGACCUAUUGCACCUACGGCCCGCUACCGGACGUGAUCCUCGAGGCAUUCGAGGAGUGUUACACAGAGAUAAGGGGUGGACUGCCUGGUUUCUGGAUGCAUCCUGCGUGGGAUGAUAGACUAAGAGAGAAUUCACAGUGA